AUGUGCCAGAGCGGUUUUUACUACUACAAGUGCACUCACCACGAGGUCGUCAGCUUCCCCUGUGACAAGAACCGCUGCCGUCGCCUCCUUGAGCCGUUCCACACCUACCUCCACGACCAGCUCUGCCACGACUGCGCCGAGCUUGGUCGCCAGAAACGACAGGAGCGCUGCCGCCGCGAGAGCUGCCUUGACCAGCAGCCCCCGUCCCGCCCCGCGUCCCAGAUGCAGAUGCAUGGCCAGCAGCAGAGUACCCAGGGACAGGGACAGGCUCAGACCCAGCAGUCCCAGGACCCUCAGUCCUCUUCUCCCGACAGCAAGGGUACCAUCCGCCCCCUCGAGACCAACAAGCUCGCCAACAUGGACUGCCGUCUUGAGGGCACCUUGGGCCUCACCCCCAGCGACGUCUACCGUUUCUACCGCCACUUGCGCAUGUAA